GUUUUCAGUCAUAUUUCUUUCUUAAAAAGUUUACACAAAUAUUUUAGCAAAAAAAAAAAUUCCCGUACAGAGCAAUUAUGUGUCUGCCAAUAAUUGGAAGUGCCCUCUGUUGCUGUUGCAAAUUGGGACUCAAGUGUCUUUGCUUUUUUGCCUUCUCCGCGUUCGGUGUUUUGCUCAUUGUAGCCUUGGUGGUCUACUUUUGUUUCUUCUACAAUAAAUCGGAGGACGAGACAACCAAGAUUGAUUUCGAUUCUACUAUGGGAACCACAGCUCUGGAGGACAGUGUACAUACCACAGCGGCCCCAUCGCUAGUUAGAUCGUUUCUACAUCAAUUAAUAGACCGAAUUUGAGAUGUACCCAAGUAUCAAAAAAUGUAUAACAGAAAUAUAAGGUGUAAAAGGACCUUCACAUUUAGGCUUCGAA